UUAUCAAAUUAUAUUAUAAAAGUAUAAACAUAAACAACAAUAUCAGUGCAAAUUGUUGAUUGUUGACCAUAGUCUGAAGAAAAAAAUUGGCAAUUCAAUUGUUUACCAUUAGCAAAUAACAUUAUUUCUUAAAAAUCGUACGACAUGGAGUGACGAAUCAUAUUCGUUCAAACGUUUACAUCACAAUGGACGGUGAUAAAUGAUAAAUGUUAUACCUAUUGUUGUACUCAUUAGCUUGAAGCUGCACAGAACACUGCCUACUCAUUAGACCCUGGACAACGUCAGAUUGAUGGCGACGGUUGAUCAGUUGCAAGUGUUUGCUGAAAACUAUUGAACAUGACAGGAUUGUCCAUGUUUAGAUCGAUACCAUUCAGUAAGUUACGCGAAAAGCUGGCCAAACUGUCCAACAGUGUGUCAGAAAAUCACAAACAGAUCCGUUUAUUUGCCGAGUCCAUAGCCUAUUGUGUGGUAACCGGCGGUCUAGGAUGGCUGGCAUACGAGUUUCAUGAGACGGUUUUGACCAUUGAACGUUGCGUACAAAAAGAUCCAAUGCUGUUGAACUACAAGGCACCAGAAUAUAUAUUUGUCGACAGGGCCGCAUUCACUGAACUCGAUGAGUAUCAAAUUAUUGAUGGUAACAGUAUAAUACAGCCAACAAACCCUCCUGUAUUUUUUUUACAAAAAUGGAAUGAUUUCAAACAUAAAAAGGCUUGGAAACUUUUGGAAAUAACCAACAAGUACAAAAAUUCUAAAUUAUCCUGGGUAGCAAUUUCACGAUUGACCACCAUGACUCAUCUAAAAAAUUCAGAUUUUCAACAUUUAGCACAAAUGAGUGAAGCACAUACUUUGGUUGGUUUGGCUCGAUCAGCCAAUGCUAAUCCUAAAUUUUUCUUACCCCCUAGAAAUAUAAGCUGGACAAAAGAUGAAAUAUUAUACAAAAUUCGUCAUUUGUUAAUAAAAUUAAAUGAAUUAAAUGAACACAAAUGUUUAUCUUACUUUAUGGCAUAUGCAUUUAAAGAUAAACAGCAUGACUAUUAUCACCUAGAAGACGUACCACCAGAUUUUGCAAGUAUGCAAAUAGACAAUGAUAAUAUAUUACAGUUAAGCAUAAAUGCUUUACGUCACCAUUGUAACAACGAAACAAAUGUUACUGCCAUGGUUAAAUUGGGAGGUCUGCAAAUUUUGAUGGCUAUAUAUCAGUAUUUAAAACACGAUGAACAAGUAGCAGAAGAAAUCGGAAAAUUGUUGUCUGUUGCUUCUUUAAACAGAGAUCUCAUCCAAGAUAUUUUUUCAACCGGAUGGAUCAGUAUUUUGUUUGAAUGGAAGAAUCACAAUAAUUUUAGAAUUCAGUCAUGGGCCAACCGAACAUUAUUAAAUAUGGAUGAUGAAGAUCCAAUUAACGGAAAUUAUAUGUUUGGGAAGCAAACAGUAUUAUUAUACCCAAAAAAUAGAUACCACCAAGAUGCUAAAAUUGAUGUAGUUCUUGUACAUGGCUUAUUAGGUGGUGUCAGCUUUUCAUGGCGUGAAAAAGAUCUACAUAUUAAUGAACCUCUUGGCCUUUUUGAUAUGAAUAAUAAGAAUGAAUCUCAUAACUCAUCAAAUACGACUACACUAAAAAGACCAGUUGGUGAAGAUAUGCAAAACUAUUUGGAUAGUUACAAAGAAGUCAAAGCUAGAGAAUGGGACUUGAUUGGAAGUGAAUUUGAGUUUGUUUUGAACGACAUACCACAUAGAGAAAAUUUAAAAGGAAAUGGGGUUUAUUCACUACAAGGGAAUGAUUCUAUGGUACGACAAACUGCUCUCAAUGAAGGUUAUAGUCAAUGUUGGCCAUCCGAUUGGUUACCUACUGAUGAAGAAGGUCUCCGGGUGAUUGGUGUUGAUUAUAGUACAACAUUAUCUGAAUGGUUGCCAUCUUGUCCUUUAAAACAAAAAAAUCAUCGUACACUCGAAGGGCGCACAGACAAAUUGAUGCAUCAAUUACUAGCUAUUGGUAUUGGUGACCGGCCAAUAAUUUUUUUGGCUCAUUCCAUGGGUGGACUCUUGGUAAAAAAUAUGUUGGUUGCAGCUAGUAAAAGUAAUGAUCCAAAUGUGAGAAAACUUUUUGAGAAGACAAGAUCUGUAUUCUUUUUUAGUACACCACAUCAUGGGUCACCAUUAGCUACUUUAAACAGCGCGUAUCGAUUCUUUUUAUGGCCAUCAGUAGAAGUGGAUGAACUAAGAACUGAUUCACCUAAGUUAGUAUCCCUUCAUAAUGAUUUCCUAGAAUGUUUAAAAGAUAACCCAAUGAAGAUUGUUACUUUUGCUGAAAGCCUUCCAACAGAGUUCACUGCUUUGAAAGUACCUAUACUAUGCGUACCUAAAGAUGCAGCUGAUCCAUCGGUGGGUGAGCUUUACGAAUUGCCAUUAAACCAUAUGUCUAUCUGCAAAGCCGACUCUAAAUUGUCAUUUGUUUAUCAAAAAACAUUUGCUGUGAUAAAAACAGUUGCUGCAUACAGUAGUUAAUUGGAAUAGUGAUUAGCCAAAAUUCCAAUUAUUAUAAAUAAUUUGUAAUUAUAUUGUAUUGUUUGUAACUGUCCAUAAAAUAUUAACGUAUUAUUUUGAACUAACGGUUUUAUUUUAUAUUAAAAACAUUGUUAAUAAUAAUUUAUUAUUUAUUUAUAUUCUGAUAUAUUGGUAUUUGUGACAUAUAAUGAUCUCUUGUUUACUUUUUGUAUGUGUAAUAUACACUAUUUAUAACAACCUUUA